ACGACCUUCGCCGGUCCGACAAUCCACGUACGCUGGCUGUUCGCCGCGAUCGAACGGCACCGGAACUACAGGUGCGCCAGCAACACGAUAAUCCCACUGGCUUGCCCAGCUCAAUGUGCCGUCAUGGAGCCCACCGCCAUGCUUGGUGCGAGUAGCGACGACGAGGACUGGGACGACUGCGACAGGCCAAUCCCGAGAACAAAAGCGCGUAGGGGCCCAAGCAGGCGGCAGAUUCAUCAAUUUACGAAUGUGGAUGGCAUAAAGUCGGGCCUGGUCAAGGCCCUCGGAAAUGAGAACAAUGUUCAGCGGAGCAAGGAUGCUUUGAAUCUCGACACUAUCAUACAGCUGCCUCCUCCAACCAUCACGCCGUUCGAACCGGGCGAAGAAAAGGUUCUUCCGCCGUCCUUGCUUCUAGCCUCCCGGAACAAAAUACCGUACGAGCAGCUGUUAUCUACACAGAAAUCUGUCAACUUCAAUCUACCGUACUUCUUCUACGGCGCCCAGGUGUACCCGGCUGUCCUGCGCGGUACAACGAACACGAGGAAAUCUCUCGAAGACAUUAUUCAGACCAUGACACCUGCGUUGGUGUACGGUAUCAAGCGCCAUGCGUUACGUGGUCAUACCUGGCCCGGAGUAGUGUGCACGGGAAACCAAGCCGAUUUGCUCAGCGGCAUGCUGGCCUUCGGGAUCUCAGACGCAGCGCGAAAGUGGUUGGACGACUUCCAGGGCGGAAGCAGCGAGCUCCGUACGAUGAGAGCAGACUUCGUUUUAAAGGAUGGAAGAACGUGUUCUAUCGAUUGCGGCGUAUAUGUCACAAAGGAACUACCGUCAUUGACUCUGCUACCCCACAGUGAGAAGAUUUGGCGCGUGAGCGAUCUUAUGCGAGACCCAUGGCACUUGCGUAAUUUAUCAACGUCCAUGGCAGAAGAAGAAUACUUGAAUAGCAAGUUGCAGAGAAAUUAGUGAGUGACGAACAUAUAAACCUCGCGAAUGGUUGAAAGACGGAACUCUCCAUUAUCAUCUUUCUUCAUUUUGCUUGCUCGAAAUAGUCGCCGGACCGGAAAGGUAGGGACGUUGAAGUCACCGGUGGCGAUACAGAAGAGCUGUAUUCUAAGUAAGGCGCCGGAGUUCCAGCGUUCGAAUGGGCCACAAAAUAACUGCUUCCCGCGUCACUUAGGCGAUCUGGAGUUCCUAUGCCUUGCUGCGACGAAAGCAGGACUGCACGAGUGUGCAACUCAGCCUCGAGGCUAUCCUGUGCUCUCCAGGCUCCCACGCUCCAAAUCGCGUCGGAACCGUUAACAGGCAUGCCCGUGAAAUGAUAGGCCGUGGAAGAGCCAGCUGAUAAUUCACCCAUUGAAUUUCCAUGGUCCGGAUUCAUUUCUGGAAUUGGAGCUUGUGAUGCUGAGAGCCAAUUUCUCAAAUCAUGAUCAAACUCGACGGGACCAAGCCGAAUAAUCUCUGUCCUAGAGUACCAUGGUCCGUCGAGACCGUUUGGUUUCAUAAGGAAGCUUAUGGGAUAUCCUUCCGAGGUAGGCUCGGCCGCAGCAAUAUCGACCUGGUGAAUGCGAGCCUCUUCUGGUGGCAGCUGAUCAGGUCCUGGAAUGACACCUGGAGGGAGAUUUAAACCCUCCUCUUCGACCUCCAUCACUCUUUGAAAGCAGAAAAAGGAUCUGUGCGACUCGAACAGACAUUCCCUGCGCGGAGAUGUCCAUAGCAACGCAAGUGCUUUCCUACGAAUAUACGGCCAUCGACAUUUCCAAGCAACAAAAUGUAAUGGCGGGAUGAUACCCAUCUCAAACGAAAAUCGUUUGGAUAGUUCGUCAGGGAAACGCACAGAGCUCGCAACAAGAAUUCCAGAAAGUCGCACAAUGUCCUCAAACUCGUUCUUGAAGUCAUCCCACGCCGUCUCAUUCGGAUUCAAGGCCGCAGAAAGCCAGAUAUCCAUUGUUGUCGAAAUUGCCUGCAGCAGGUUGCAACCAAUCUUUAUUUGGUCAUCUUUAGUAGAAGGAUCGUGCGUUUGUAAAUACUCAAAAUUGGUCUUCCAAUCAUUCAUAAACGUCUGC